AUAGGAAGAAAGGAAGAACAAAAACCAACACCAGAAGACAAAACAAGCCGAAGAAGAGAAUCAGAAGAAAAAAGAAAAGAAGGAAAAGGAGGAGGAAGAGGAGGAGGAAUAAGAAGAAAGGAAGAACAAAAACCAGCACCAGAAGACGAAGCAGGCCAAAGAAGAGAAUCAGAAGGAAAAAGAAAAGAAGGAAAAGGAGGAGAAAGAGGAGGAGGAGGAAGGACAGCAUCAACAACAAACAAAGGUAGACCCACAGAAAGGACUCUUCGCAUGUUACUGGGCCAGGAUCUCCCGGGGCCCCUGCCAACCUACGCAUCUUACAGGGUCCUGGUGGCGACUUGGAUGGUUUUCUCUCUAGUGCUGGGAACGGUCUACCGGGGCAACCUAACAGCCGCCAUGACGCUGCCGAAGUACCCGAAGAGGAUUGAGACCGUGCAGGAGCUGGUGAAAGGUGUGGACAGAAUCAACAUGCCACCGUACGGAGCUGACCACAAGGAGUCGUACAAGCGGUCGGGGUCACGGGUGCUGAGGGCGGUGGGGGAGCUCAUCCAGAUUGUUGAGACCAUUGAGGGGAUCGGCAGAGCCCUCAAGAACAGGAGGGAGGCACACGCAGACGACCUCCACUACCUCCAGCAAGUGACGACGCAGGACUAUACGAGCAGGGGCGGGAAGGAGCUCUUGUACGUGGGUAAACAGAACAUCUUCGCAAGCCCCUCUGCCUGGCCCGUCCCGCACGAUGCCCCCUACACCGACCAUAUAAACCACGUGAUGCUGCGUGUGAUCGAGGCGAGUAUGCGAGGGUGA